AUGCCCCAUAAGACUACUCGUAUAGAUGGCCGCUUUCCUUGCCAUUCCAGAAAGAUUGAAGUCCUUUCCUUCCCUAAUUCCCUCCUUAUUCGCAAGUUCUGGGACCUUUCCACAGAAAAGCUUUAUUCUUCCACUAUCAUUUGCUAUACACAAAUAGAAAUCAAACAACCAUCAGCCGAUAAUCCAACUCAAGGUCUUCUUUCUAUCUUUACUUCUCAACCCCAUUUACAAACCCAACUAGAAAGACUUUGUCGUGAUAACAAAUUCCUCAAUCUCAACCAACUAACUAUUCUUCCUAAAGUAGCCGUCUGGUCCAUUAAAAUAGACCUUUUCAUUGCUCAAGAUCAAGGUGGUCUUCUAGAUCUAGCCAUUACAGCUAUUCAAACUUCUCUAUCUAAUCUUCAAUUCCCCAGCCGCCAACUUCAUCUUCCCCACCUCCCACCCCAUCUCCAGCACAUUUCCACUCGUCCUCUCACCCUCACCCCCAACUACCAACUCUUCCCCCAAACUCUUCUCUUCCUUCCCAUUUCAAACUUACUCACAUCUUCUCAUGUUAGCUUGUCUUCUAAUCUGAAUACCACUACUACCACUACUAAUCUGAAUACUAAUACCACUACUACUACUACUAACUUAUCUUCUAAUACCAACACCAAUCUUAAUACUACCAACACAAACUCAACUCAACAUAACUCAAUUCAACAUAACUCAACUCAACAUAACUCAACCCACCAGAACACUCUCUUUAUUGACCCACUUAAAUCUGAACUAGAUAGAUCCGAUGGUCUUUUAGAACUCAUACUUACUUCAGAGAAGAAUAUAGCCCACUUACUCUUCAUUGGUUCAGUUCCUAAACUUACUCUUUUCCAUACACUUCUUAAAUCAAUAGAUAACCAGCAAUCGCCAAGGUGA